AUGCACCCUGAGAAAGGCACUGGAGCCAUGGCGAGGAUUUUGCGGCGCCAACCUAGCAUCCUCGAUUUGGGGCCCGGCGUACUACCGAAAAAAUAUGUCAGCGCGACGGAGACUAUCCGCCAGCCUCGUCCGGGUUUCGGCAGAGAGCCUACCGUUCUGAAGCGGGAAGUUUGCGAUCAUCUACAUGAAGGCAAGAACAGGCCCUUGAGAGUCAGGCACGCUGUAAAACAACACGAGGCAGCGGCGUCCUCGAGCAGCCAGGAAGCUGCCUAUUCACCAUUCGCUCCGCCACCGGGUGGUCUAAACACCUCGGCCCUGUCCUCCAUCACAGAGGAAGACAGCUGCUCGCAAGCGCAGCUGUCGGGGCGCGCCUCUGCACGAAAGCCAUGUACAGCAGGUCCCCUGCGGCACGUCACCACUCCCACUCUGGAAGUCCCAGGACCUGACGAUAGGCAAAAGCCGGCACGCUCGACGAGUGACUUGGGCCCCGCCACUGGAACGUGUGCAACUACAAGUGUCGAGCGUCUGCGACGCAGUAGCAAGGUACUAUCGGAGCCUUUCCCUUUCCACGUCAGGUUUUCUCCUGAGCAGAGUUAUCCGGUCCGAAAACUUGAUUGUCGGCAGGACUCCGAGACAGGCGGCGUGAUUAUCACCAUUAGCUGGGAAAAGACUAGACUUUUAGUCGACAAUUUCCACGUUAAGGGUGCGUGGGAAGAGCUCAACAACCGUCUAUUGCAGAAAUUCGGAACUACUUGGAUGCACACGGAUGGCGAGAAUCAGCUGCCUGGGUCCGAAGAUCAAACCUCAUUCGAAUACCAUAUGGUCUCAGAGUUGGAGCUUAGCAUGCAGGAUGAUCAGCUGAUACUUGUCGCAAGUUGGCCAGACAGUGAUGUUUCAGUUGUCGUUGCUUGA